AUGUCUUUACCUGAGAGGCCCGGUGCCUUGAGCCCAUCGUAUGAACAGCGAAAUGCAUAUCGACAAUCUCCAUCGCGACGCAACCGACCAAAUGAUGUCGAAACCGGAAACUAUUUUCCCGUCUCUGGCCGUCCAUCCCAUCAACACCAGCGUAUCGCAUCGGGAAACUCCUUUCCUGAGACGAUCAGGUCUCCUGAUGUGAUUCCAGAUAGGCAACCUCUCUCGCCAACCGAUGAACACGUCUCUGUUAAUGGAGUUCCAACGCGUAAAAGAAGCCUAAUACGUCCUGAACGUAAUAGGAUAGACAAAGAUCACCCCAACUAUCACUAUCGAAAGCAUGCCGCCCAGAUGGAUACUCUCCCCUCCUCGACUGGUAAUGACCCGAUUUACGAAGAUGCAGACAGCAGUGCGAAGCUAUCCGGCGAACGAAGCCUAGGGGCUACUUCGGAUAGCUCGCCACCACGAAAACGUGGUGACGAUCCGGAAAAAGCCAAGACGAGAUCUCACGCCUCACGUCGGCGACGCUCCAACAGCCAUAGAGCGUCAAAACUGGCGAAAGACUCGAAACGGAACAAACCUAAAGAGACCAUUCGACCACCAAGUAUAUGGAAUAUUUACUGUGCUGUGGUUACGUUUUGGUGCCCUGAUUUCAUCCUUAAUUGCUGUGGUUUCCGCUCAAAGGCACAGCGAAGAGCUUGGAGGGAGAAGAUGGGGUUGAUCAGCAUCAUCCUAUACUUAAUGGCAUUUGUUGGGUUCUUAACAUUUGGGUUCACCCAGGUUGUUUGUUCAAGUCCCGCUGUUCGGCUUCACAUUAAUGAAGUUUCCGAUGGCUUCAUGAUUUUCCACGGAACCGCAUACGAUCUGACUACCUCCGGUCACCCUCCUGCCGACGGUAUUCCUCUUCGGCCUGACGGACGAUACCCCAAUGUGCUAUACGAUAUUCCAAACCGGUCUUUUGGCGGUCAGGACGGAAGCUUCAUGUUCCAAAAUGUCAACGGUAAAUGCAAGGGUCUCAUUACAGCUGCUGAAAAUUCCGACGUUCCCACGAAUCGUGAUGGUGAAUUGGCGUGGUACUUCCCCUGUACUACAUUUUCUCAAGAUGGAUCAACAAAACCGAACUUCACCUGGCCGUAUUACACGGGAUACGCUUGCCAUACCACUCAGGAAGCUCGAGAUACAUUCUAUCUACAACUCGAUGGUACUGGCGAUGUUUUCUUCACGUGGGAAGACUUAAAGAACGAUACACGCAAUUUGAUUGUAUAUUCGGGUCAAGUCCUUGAUCUGGAUCUCCUGUAUUGGUUCAACGAGGACGAAGUUAGUAUUCCCGACAGUUUCAAGGAGUUGAGAGAUAAGAACAGUGCUGCCAACGCCGCCAUUCGUGGACGUGACAUUACCAGAGCAUUCUCCAAUCCUGAGGACAAGCGGAUAGCAGAAUGUUUCGAGGAAAUUAUCAAAGUCGGAACUGUAGACACAGAGACUGUCGGAUGCAUUGCGUCCAAGGUGGUUCUUUAUGUGUCAUUGGCCCUCAUCUUGUCUGUGGUGGCCGCACGGUUUGGUUUGGCACUGUUGUUUCAAUGGUUUAUCAGCCGCAAAUAUGCAGCUCCUAAAACUUCACAAUCUGCCGACAAGAAAAAACGCAACCGCCAGAUCGAGGAUUGGAGUGAAGACAUAUAUCGUGCCCCAAUACGAAUGCCUGGAGACAUAAGUAGUAGUUACGGUGGCUCUGAUAGGAUCAGCAAGCGUACAAGCAAUUUCUUGCCUACGACCUCGCGCUUCUCAGCCGUAUACGGGCCCGGUAGCGAAAGAAGUGCCCGACCGCCGCAGCCUACCACGAUGGCUAGCCAGGCCUCCUCUGGACCGCUGCUUCACCCUACAUCAAUAUAUAGACAGGGAAAUGACAGCAGAGUCAGCAUGCUCCGGUCGGAUACAUAUGGUAGCUCCGCUACUCCUCUGGAUGGCUUCGGUUCCGGUCCCGCUGGGUUCAUUCACGAUGCUGUUGUUCCCCAGCCACCUUCUGACUAUCAACCGUUCGGUUUCCCUCUUAUACAUUCCAUUUGUUUGGUUACAGCCUAUUCCGAAGGCGAACUCGGUCUUCGAACUACACUAGACUCCAUUGCUAUGACAGAUUACCCUAACAGCCAUAAAGUGAUCCUCGUUAUCUGUGACGGUCUCAUUAAAGGCAAAGGGGAAACAAUGUCAACUCCGGACGUCUGUCUUGGAAUGAUGAAAGACCAUACUGUAGCUCCUGAGGAAGUCGAAGCGUUCUCAUACGUCGCCGUUGCAAGUGGCUCAAAGCGACACAACAUGGCUAAGGUCUACGCCGGUUUCUACGAUUAUGGUGCCAAGUCUAGCAUUCCGGUAGACAAACAGCAAAGGGUGCCCAUGAUGCUUAUAGUCAAAUGUGGUACUCCUGAUGAGGCUACGAAGGCCAAGCCCGGUAACAGAGGAAAGCGUGACAGUCAAAUUAUUCUAAUGUCGUUCCUGCAGAAGGUGAUGUUUGACGAGCGCAUGUCGGAGUUGGAGUUUGAAAUGUUCAAUGGUCUUUGGAAGGUCACCGGCAUAUCACCCGAUUACUAUGAAGCGGUUCUAAUGGUUGACGCCGAUACCAAGAUUUUCCCCGACAGCUUGACCCAUAUGCUGUGUGCCUUGGUGCGUGAUCCUGAUAUCAUGGGUCUGUGUGGUGAAACCAAGAUCGCCAACAAAAAUCAGAGCUGGGUCACAGCCAUCCAGGUAUUUGAGUACUUUAUUUCUCAUCACCAAGCCAAGUCCUUUGAGUCAUGCUUCGGUGGUGUUACCUGCCUGCCUGGUUGUUUCUGUAUGUACCGCAUCAAGGCCCCGAAGGCACAGAAUUUCUGGGUCCCGAUCUUGGCCAAUCCUGAUAUCGUCGAACACUACUCUGAAAAUGUGGUCGACACUUUGCACACGAAGAAUCUGUUGCUACUGGGUGAAGACCGAUACUUGACUACACUCAUGCUACGAACCUUUCCCAAACGCAAACAGGUCUUUGUUCCGCAGGCGGUUUGCAAAACUACCGUCCCAGAUGAAUUUAGCGUGCUACUUUCACAGCGUCGAAGAUGGAUCAACUCGACCGUUCACAACCUCAUGGAAUUGGUUCUCGUCAAAGACCUCUGUGGUACUUUCUGCUUCAGCAUGCAAUUUAUCGUAUUCAUCGACUUGAUUGGUACACUUGUAUUGCCGGCAGCUAUUGCCUUCACUCUAUAUGUUGUUAUUAUAUCCAUUGUGGGCCCAACCGUACAGGUAAUCCCUCUUGUUCUACUGGCUCUGAUUCUCGGUCUGCCUGCGGUCCUUAUCGUAGUCACAGCUCAUUCUUGGACUUACGUGGUGUGGAUGUUCAUCUAUCUUAUAUCCCUUCCUAUUUGGAACUUCGUGCUUCCUGCUUACGCCUUCUGGAAAUUUGACGAUUUCUCUUGGGGCGAUACUCGAAAGACGGCAGGUGAAAAGACUAAGAAAGCCGGUAUCGAGUAUGAAGGCGAGUUCGACAGUAGCAAAAUCAAGAUGCGACGAUGGGCUGAGUUCGAGCGCGAGCGCCGUACGAAAGAGGACAACUUCUGGGCCUCUCGAGAAAGUGUUGCGGGUAAUGGCCACUGGCCUAGAGCAUCUCAGCAUCCAUAUGAUGACCAGUAUUAUCCUGGCAUAUAA